CAGCAAAUCAGUCAUGACUUCUGCAGAGAUGGGGAUCUGCUAAUUGGGGGAUUUUUCUCCUUGUAUUCAGUUGAAGUGAACAGUUUCACAGGCUUGGAACAUCCUCAAAAGACUUGUAAUAAUUUUCAGUUGAUGCACAAAAAUUAUCAGCAGGUCCUGGCCUUGGUGUUUGCUGUGGAAGAAAUCAACCAAAAUCCCAACCUCUUACCUAACGUUACUUUAGGAUACCAUCUCUAUAACACCUACCACAGUGAUGAGAGGACCUUGGAGAGUUCCUUGAAGUGGCUAUCAGGCCAGAGUCCAACUAUGCCUAAUUACAGCUGCAGGAUUCACAACAAGUCAGUGGCUGUCAUUGGAGGAGCAACAUCUGCAUUAUCUGUCCAGAUGGGGUCCCUACUAGAACUCUACAAGUUCCCACAGAUCACCUAUGGUCCAUUUGAUCCUCUCCUGAAUGACAAGGUCCAAUUUCCUUCCCUUUACCAGAUGGCUCCUAGGGACUCCUUUCUCUCUGUGGGCAUAGUUCAGCUACUGUUCCAUUUUGGAUGGACCUGGGUGGGGCUGAUUUCCACAAAUGACAUGAGAGGAGAAAAAUUCCUUUGGAACACUGCAGAAGAGAUGUCCAGGAGAAAUAUCUGUGUGGCCUUUAUAGAAAAGAUUCCUGUCAGUGAGAGACGUCAAGAUGAAUCUCAUGUACCAUUCAUGCCCAGGAUCCUGGCAUCAUCAGCCAAAGUAAUCAUCAUUCACGGGGAUGCAGAUUCACUCAUGAUCCUGAGAUAUUCUCAGCCCCCUAUUUUAUCACCUUUGAAAUUGUGGAUCAUCACAUCUGACUUGGAUAUUACUUUGAGAGCCCAUCAUUAUGAAAGUUGUCUUUUUCAUGGUGCUCUAGUAUUUAAACACCAGAUUAGUGAAGCUCCUGGUUUUUCUCGUUUUCUCAAGAGUGUUAACCCUGUUAAAUAUCCAGAGGACAUUUUGCUGAAGACCUUUUGGCAUUCAACUUUCAGUUGCCCAGAUGAGUCUGCAAAACUGGAGGAAAGGGAAUGUUCACCCAAUGCUUCACUGGAAGAUCUGCCUCUAGCACAUUUUGACAUGUCUAUGUCUGCCUUGAGUUACUCUACCUACAAUUCUGUGUAUGCUGUGGCAUGGGCCCUCCAUGAAAUGUUCCUGAUGAGAAUAGAAAUGGGAUUUGAGGGAUGUGGAGAAAAUUUCACACUUCAACCUUGGCAGCUCCACUCCUUUCUGAGGAACAUCCAGUUUAAUAACAGUGCUGGGGAACAGGUGGUCUUGGAUGCACAAAGAAAUCCUGUGGCUAAAUACGAUAUCAUGAAUUACUUGACCUUCAAGCAAAAUGAACUUUUUGUAAAAGUUGGACAGUUUAUUCCCAAGAGUCUGCUGGAUCAAAAUUUCACCAUUUCUGAGAAUUCAAUCUCAUGGGGUAUUUCACAGCCAACUGUUCCAGAGUCCGUGUGUAAUGAGAGCUGUGGUUCUGGAUUCAGGAAGCUAUCUUGUGAAGGGAAGCCUGCCUGCUGUUUUGACUGUGUGCAGUGCCCAGAGGAGGAAAUUUCUAAUCAGAAAGAUGUGGACCAUUGCAUGAAAUGUCCAGAUGCUAAGUAUCCAAAUAAAGAGAGAGAUAACUGCCUCCCAAAGACUGUGGCCUUCCUCACUUUCAAAGAGUCCUUGGGACUGACUUUGACUUCUAUAGCUCUUGCAUUUUCUCUCCUAACAGUUCUGAUUCUAGUGAUGUUUGUGAAGUUUCAAGACACUCCCAUAGUCAAAGCCAAUAACAGGACUCUCAGUUACACACUCCUCAUAUCUCUUACCUUGUGUUUCCUCUGCCCCAUGCUCUUCAUUGGCCAUCCAACAUCAGCAACCUGCCUCCUACAACAAAUGGUAUUUGGAAUUGUGUUCACUGUGGCUGUUUCUUCUAUUCUGGCCAAAACCAUCACUGUGGUUCUGGCCUUCAAAGCCACAAGACCAGGAAGCAAGAUGAAAAGGUGGGUACAACCCAGAGUUUUUAAUUUUUUUGUCUUCAUCUGCUGUAUGAUCCAAGUGGCUCUCUGUGGCAUCUGGCUGGCAACCUCUCCACCUUUUCCAGGACUAGACUUACACUCAGAGCCUGGUCAUAUAAUCAUUGUAUGCAAAAUAGGUUCUGUCAUUGCCUUUUACAGUGUUUUGGGUUACAUGGGCUUCUUGGCCCUGGGGAGUUUCAUAGUAGCUUUUUUGGCCAGAAACCUUCCUCACACCUUCAAUGAAGCCAAGUUUAUCACAUUCAGCAUGCUGAUCUUCUGCAGUGUGUGGCUGUCUUUCAUCCCUGCCUAUCAGAACCCCAAAGGAAAGGCUAUGAUGAUUGUGGAGAUCUUCUGUAUUUUGGCAUCCAGUGCUGGGUUAUUAGGCUGCAUCUUUCUUCCCAAGUGCUAUGUGAUCCUUCUGAGACCAGAGAGGAACACCUUGGAGUAUCUAAAGCAGAAAGCAAAUUCUAGGAGUCAUUCUGAAAUUUUAACUGGGAGGCACAUCUGA